CCGGACUCCGGGUUGAUGCGGGGGACGGAGUCUGGGUCCUCCAGGCCUAGCGGGUCUGACCGCGCGCGGCCCGCACAAGCGAAUAGAAUAGAGGUGGCUCCUGGGUCGCAGGUCCCUUACCACGUUCUUGGCGAGGGAAACGUUCUCUGAUUUAUGCCUCUCAAUUGAGGUUACCAUUACUGAUUCAUAGAAUGUGCAGGGAGCCACGGUCGGGCCACGUGGCCCCUAGCAACUGCGGAGUCGGAGUAAGUCGCACUUGAGUCUAAACAGGUUCCAAUGACGUGAUUUUUGGAGCAAAUUUAAUUGUGUAUUUUUAAAAGAAAUGAACCAUAUAUAACACCGUUAAUGAUAAUUGAGUUUUUUAAAAUUGAAUUUUGGUUUUGUGCAGAGAUUGCCUUAUUAUUACAUUUUGGAAUUUUGCAUGUAAGAGUUAAACUAUCAUGAAGUUAACACAUAUCUGUUGGGCAUUUGACCGAUCCGAGUUCUAGAUCUUGUCCUCUUCCUGUAUCUGAAAUAAUUUUGGUUUAUCAAUUUGGGAUUUAUGAUGACUCAUCUGUCUAUUCCCAAGCAUGCUAAAGAAUACCAAAAUAAAGGAAUGACCAGACCGGCCAGGUAGCAGUAGUGGAGCCCAGGGGUGGGGGAUCCCACAUGGCCAAUUGGGCUGUUCUGCCAGGGACAAAAUGACUUUUACAAUGGCUUGAAAUACGGGACUGUGCCCACAGGCCGAAAUCCCCAGAUGAAAAUGGGAGAUAGGAUUUGGCAGCCACCACCCCUGGAGGGUGAUUUCUCAUUUUUCCCAGUCUUUUCAAGAGAGCCCACGUGCUCUGGCAAAAACUUAAAGACCAAAGGACAGUAAAGAGUGAAGUAGUUUUUUCAAGUAUAAAAAAUAUUUUGCCUUAUUUACUAUAUACUGUUUCAAGGAGGCUAAUAAAAGCAUCACGUAGUCUGCCUUAGCUUUUUUAUCACAGAGGUUGAGAAUUCAGAACUUAAUAAUUUACACUAAUAAAGACCAAGACACUGUAUUAUAUGGUAGGGAAGACCAAAGAGUCCAGGAGUUAAAUUGUGGAUCAGGAUCCUGUUUAGGGGAUGUUUGUGGAUACAGAGGCCACACUGCCUUCUGGCUUUCUGUAAGUUUUUCCGAUAAGUUUGCCUUUUCUCUUGGGCUAUGGCUUUUUGUUGACUGUUAGUAAUUGCACAUUACUGUUUUGCUGUGGGUAAAACUUAUUGUAUUGGAAUGUUUUUGUUGUUGGAUGUGAAUGGCUUUAUGGAAUCUUGUUGAACAGAUUGAGAGGACAAAAACUGAAAAAUAAAACUUGAGUUCCGUUUUUAUUAGAAAAUGAUAGGAAGUGGACUGUUCGUGGUUGGCAUAAGGGCCUGGGAGAUGAUUUUGCCUAAACUGAUGUCAUGACUGCCCUGUCUUACAUACUAGCCGCGUGUGUCAGCAUUUGAUUAGGGACGCUGAAUCCCAUUAACUAAACUUAAUAAUCUCGGGAAACUAAAGCAAAGAGAAAGUGGUGCAUAAAUUUGAAGACUACAUCAGGAAUGGAUUCACCUGACUACGCAACAUCUGAUUCAACUGUAGAAUCUGAAAAUCAAAGUGAUAGCUCCUGGUCUGGUAGCAGUUUAUUUAAAACACAGUGUGUUCCGUCCUCACCUGCAUGGAGGCAAAGGAACCAAACUCAAAAAUGUGUUUAUUCACCUAAGAACAUUAAAGAAGAUUCAUCAAGCGACUCAUCCUUUGAACCAAAACCAUUGACUUUAAAAGCUAUUUUUGAAAGAUUCAAGAAAAGGAAACGGAAGAAAAGAAAAUACAAGCCAACAGGAGGACAAAAAGGAAGACCGAAAGGAAGUAAAAAUACUAGACGGUCACAGAUAGACAAGAAACAAGUUAGAGGCAAAGGCCAUAAGUUUACAGAAUCAGAGAACAGAAGAAACCCAUUACCAUGGAGGAAAAUUUUAACUUUUGAGCAAGCUGUUGCCAGAGGAUUUUUUAACUACAUUGAAAAGCUGAAAUAUGAACACCACCUUAAGGAAUCCUUGAAUAAAAUGAAUGUUGGUGAAGAUUUAGAAAAAGAAGAUCUUGAUAGUCGUAGAUACAAAUAUUUGGAUGAUGAUGGAUCCAUUUCUCCUAUUGAAGAGCCAGUAACAGAUGAAGCAAUGAAUCUUGAGCCUGAUGAUGAAUGUGAUAUCAAAUUGGUAGAGGAUAGUUGUUUUAUAAUAAGUUCUGAAUUCCCAGCUUCUAAGAAGAUGGAUGUAUAUUUAGGACAAGAGAAUACUAAAGAACCUGCUUUGUCUAAAAAGAGAGCUUCAAAGGCCAAAAACACUGGGCAGAAGACUGAAUGACCUGAAAAGAGAGGAACAUGAAUGGAAAAGAAGGCUUUUAUCUUGAAAAUGUCGAGAAUUAAAGGUAUUACCACAUCCCACAGAUGUUGAGGUAAGUUUGAAUUGGUGACAUUGUAGUCUUUUGGGAAUCCAACUAUAGCUCAGAUGAUGAAUUUAACUGUUCAACUGCUGAAUGAUGCAGACAUGAACUAAAACUUAAUUCUGACAGUGGGAUGUUUACAUUUAAAUUUAGGGUUUCACAUUUGUAAUAACAAAAUGAUCAUGUCUUUCCAAAUUGUGUGGUAAUUUUUCUGUAGGAACAAGUCUGAAUUGAUUUCCUGUGUAGAGGUAAGUGACAUUUAUGAAGGAAUCAAGCUAUGAUAAAUUGAGUAUAGCCUACUAAUAUUUUUAUAACUAGGAGUUAUUUUAGAUAUAAAACAAUUAGUAAGACCUUCACAAAAAUAAAGUGCUACAGUACAUGUAUACAUAGCAAACAUUGAAGACCGUAUGUCCAAGCCCACCAAGUGACACUGCUUUUGUUUUUUUGCAUGCUUUGUUCAAGUUCUGGCUCACAUAGUUCAUCCUAAUACCAUGUGUAUUUGGAUAUAUUGAUUUAGGAGAGAUACUGCAUCAUCACUUUGAAGAAAUUUUUACCUAAGUUGGCGAUUUUAGCAAUAGUGAUCUGGACAUUUCCAGUUACGGCAACUAUAUUUAUAUUGUGACUAGGAUUAUAGUUGAAGUUAAUAUAAUUUCCUCACUAGAGCGCCAAUAUCAAAUUAUGUUUAAGUUUUUUCUUUUUUAAAUUCAUUCUUUCAUUUAUUUUAAUUUGACCAGAGAGGGACAUAGAGAGAGGGAAAGGAAGAAAGAAAGCCGCCAUGCCCAGGACUUGAACCGUGGUCAGCCUUGAGGGAGUAUCCAGCCCUAACCACCAUGCACCUGCUGGUCCCCAUGUGCAAUAUUUUUAGACCUGGUGUAUGGGUACUUGAGUUUUAGAGGUUUGUGAAAGUUUCCGAGUGACAACAAUGCAGCCUUGAGAAGAAUAUGUAGAGCUCCGUCAUUGCACUGCAUGGUAUCUGCACUCAGCAGGUUAUUUCUGCUGCAGUGUUCAAAGGACAGUGCCACAGAAAUUCAGUAUCUGGCAUCGUUGGUUUUCUUGGCUUUGUGCAUGUUAAACCUGGUAUUUCUAUUGAUACAGUACUUCUGUAGUUUCUCAAUACUAGUUUGCUUCUAGUCUCAGGAGUAAGUCACUUACUCUCUCUUUUUCUAGGGUGUCAUUUUGAAAACCAGGCAGAUGCAGCCAUGCUAAAAGUGGCCCGAAGUCAAUUAUUUAAAGAAAUUGGAUCCCAAUAUUCCUGGGUGGACAGACGUUGAAGUCACCAGUAUGUCCAUAGUUCUAAUGGAGAACAAGAAAGACA